UACAGUCCCCCCAUGCAAGUUCUAGGCAGGCUAAUAGAAUACCAAGGUUGCAAUAUCCUUUUCGAAAACUUAAACAGGUCUUUUUGGAUGAACCUGAUAUUACACAUAUUAACUUAGAUAAAUCUAUCGGUAAAGUUCUUCAUAUUUCGAAGAUAUGGUUUUUUGUUUUACUUUUCGGACCACUGUUUUUUCCAAAAACUUUUUGCAUAAUCCUUUGAGUACUAAAAAAGAAUCGCGGAAACAAUAUACUGAAACAAUUAGUUCAAAAUGUUGACGCAACUCAAAACUCAAAACGAGCUCAUUGUUUACAAACACUGACACUUCACUGCUGUAACGUUCACAUACUGCCACGACAGCACCGUCCUGUUACUCCUCAAAAUAUGGGGAAAACAAUUUUCGUAACAGUAGGAACUACACAGUUCGAUUCUCUGAUAAAAAAGAUCACCUCCGAGGAAGCUCUCGAGACACUGGCAGCCCUAGGGUAUUCCCAGCUCACGGCACAGAUAGGCAGGGGAGAGUACGAGCCCUCAGAGUCCACCAGCCGCACUAACGGACACCCUGCUGUGUCCGUGUCGUGGUUCCGGCUGAAAGCUUCCAUCGAAGACGACAUCGCAGCCUCGGACCUGGUGGUGUCUCACGCCGGCGCUGGGAGCGUCAUGGACUGCCUGGGGUUGGGCAAACCGGUGCUGGUGGUGGUCAACGAGGAGCUCAUGGGCAACCACCAGACAGAACUGGCCCACAAGCUCGCCAAGGACGGACAUUUGCAUUUCUGUGGGGUUAAAGAUUUGGUGGUCUCUCUCAAGUCUUUGGACUGGUCCUGCCUAACUCCAUUCCCGCCUGGAGAGCCGGCGAAGGUUGCACGAUUUCUGGACAGUGCACUUGGCUUUGUGUGACGAGAAACUGAUGUCAGUCGAAGCUUUGUGUUCUUGUGCUAUAUUUAUUAAGCGAGACUGUUUUUGUUGAAGUAUCAUAAGUGAGAGAGA